AUGUAUUUGAUAGCUUACGUUGAUGUAGAAAUGUGGAAGCAGCCAUGUGAGAGGUGGCUCACAGGUAUGAAUAUGGAGGAUAAAUCCUUGGUUGCCAUGGUGUGUUGGAAUCUUUGGGUAAAUAGAAACAAUGCCGUGUGGAAUAAGAAAUGGGGGACUGUGGAUUCCAUUAUUGGAGCUGCUACUGCUCAACUUUCAGCGUGGAAAAUCUGUCAUCUGCCGGACGAAGAGAUGCGUGGAGCUGAGCUGCUCCAAGAUGACGGGCGUGUUAGCUGGGUUCCUCCGAGACAGGGAUGGUUAAAAGCUAACUGUGAUAUAGCGAAUUUUUCGAAUAGUCAAGGAACGGGACUGGGUAUUGUUGUUCGUGACUCCAAUGGUGUUGUGGUGCAAGCGCGUCAAGUCAGACUUAGCUGCAAUAUUUCUCCGCGGGCGGCGGAAGCUAUGGGAAUUCGUGAAGCGCUGAGUUGGUUGAAAGAUUGCCAAAAUUUGAUAAUAGAGUCGGAUGCGAUGGAUGUUAUUUUGGAGAUUAGGAAUCCGGAAUUGUCUGAGGAUAUCCUAAUAGGUGAUUGUGCGUAUUUAGCAAAGCAGUUAAGUAAUGUUAGUUUUAAUUUCGUGAGACGAUCUGCGAAUCAGGCAGCGUAUAUUCUAGCGCAGAAUGCCCGUUCCAUUUCAGGUCAUCAGGAGUGGUACUGUCACUUCCCUGAAUUUCUCACAAAUGUAACUGCUUUGGAUCAUUAA